UUUCAACCAUCUCACAGGUGUGUUUUGGAGUAGCGCGCGCGUGGAUCCAAGUCGGCGUUGGCUUACUCUUUAGGGCAUCUCUACCGCGAGGGGGGCAAAACUGCUCAACGGCCGUUGAAGUAGCGUGGUGACCAUCGAGUUUCGGAACGUUUUUUUUUGCGCGCUCAAGAAUUGAUCGGUCUCUGCCGAGAUUGAAGAGUUGGGAAAUUGACCUUCGGACGGACUGUUGGCCAAGUACGGUGGGUCGCGCGAUGGCUUUGGAGACUGGAAAUUCCGAGUUUUUAUUGGUUUGUUACACCAGCGACUGAGAGCCGAUCAAUUACACUUGAUUGGAGGAAGCAAAGUGUGGUGUCUUCUUUUUUUAAAGAUUCAGAACCAGUGAUGCCAGACCGUUGUGAUCGUUGUGUGUCGCGCAAAGUCGUUUAUUGAAGCUAAUUCAAUUGGAAGAAACCCAUUAAAUAGCGCGAAGCGCACAGUGAAUCUCAGUUUCUAUUGCUACAACAGAGUGGAGAUAAAAAGCCGACACAUUUCCUAACGAUAUGGGGGAAUCCCUGAGUACCUGGAAAAGCAAAACUUAGUGAAUGUCGUUAAAUUAAAAGUCGUUGAAUAACGUCGGAAGUUGGUAGCUAAAUGAUGGUGAAGAUUGGAUUGACGAUGGAGAAGAUUUAAUCGUGGCAAAGUUUUUCGGAGUUGCAAUCUACUCCCUCGUUCCCUCCCUAGCUUAGUGGAUUAGUGGAUAAUAAUCGAGGCACGUGGCCGACGACACGGUAAAACGAAUCUCAUCAGAACAGCUGGGCAGGAAUCGUCAGAACGUGAGAAUUGGCGUGGCGUCGUGCAGGAAGAGUUUGUGUCCAACGUAACUAAUUAAAAUGGAAUCAUCUGACCAGAUCUGAUCCAGGCAGCAAAAAACCUCCUAAAAUAAACACCAACCAUACCAACGAAUCGAAAGGUGCCAAUCAAAUCAACCAUUUGAACCAUUCGCGACGCGACAACAUGAAGCAAUACCACGUGGAUGUUAAUGGUUGCGAGGAAUAACUCAACCAUCCCCCCAAAAUAAACCAUGAUCAGUACAAACCUCUCGCACACGCUAGAAUCUGUGAUAAUUAACGGCACCACGAUGCUGGAUUUCGCACCGACCGCCAACGGGUCGUCGGUCCACGAUCUGGCCGAUCUAGAGGACAUCGGUGGGGUGGACAACAUGACGGCCUUUUUCGGCCCGAAGCGAGAUCCGCUGUACGUGGUCAUUCCGGUGACGAUCGUGUACCUGUUGAUCUUCAUAACGGGUAUCGUCGGGAACAUCAGCACCUGCAUUGUGAUCUCCAAAAACAAGUCAAUGCACACGGCCACAAAUUACUACCUGUUCAGCUUGGCCAUUUCGGACUUUCUGCUGCUGAUAUCGGGCGUCCCGCAGGAGAUCUACUUCAUCUGGAGCAAGUACCCGUACAUCUUCGGCGAGUUGUUCUGCGUGAUCCGUGGAAUCGCCGCGGAGACCUCGGCCAACGCAACGGUCCUCACGAUCACGGCCUUCACCGUGGAGCGGUACGUGGCCAUCUGCCACCCCUUCCUCUCGCACACCAUGUCGAAGCUGUCCCGCGCCAUCCGGUACAUCUUCGCGAUCUGGAUCAUCGCCAUCAUGUCCGCCAUCCCACAGGCGCUCCAGUUUGGCGUGACCAACCAGGGUGGGGUGGAUCAGUGCGUCGUGAAGCGGAUCAUCAUCCAGCACUCGUUCGAGCUGUCGACGUUUGUGUUCUUUUUCGCGCCGAUGACGCUGAUUACGGUGCUGUACGCGUUGAUUGGGCUGAAGUUGCGCUCGUCGGCCCUGAUGCAGCGCGACGGGACGCUCCAGAAGAGGAACAACAAUUGUCCGCACGCGAGGCAGCAGGGCACGAGCCAGGGUACGAGGCGGGUGCUGAAGAUGUUGGUGGCCGUUGUGGUGGCGUUCUUCAUCUGCUGGGCGCCGUUCCACGCCCAGCGGCUCGUGUACAUCUACGGCGUCGACAAGGACCACCAGCCGACGGAUCCGCUGAUCCUGAAGCUGUUUGUCGUCACCACCUACAUCUCGGGCAUCCUGUACUACAUGUCCACCUGUAUCAACCCGCUGCUGUACAACAUUAUGAGCAACAAGUUUCGGCAAGCUUUCAAGGAGACGCUGGCCCACUGCUGUCACGUUACGCGCGCAAGGAACCGUGGUGGCAAGGAGCGCUCAUACCGAAUACUGUCCCGACGCGAGCUACGUCCCGCUUCAAACAAGGAAUCGUCAGAGUUUUCAGGCAAUUCCAUUAAAGACGAAAGUCUGUACUCAUCCACCACUCAGAAGCAAACGUUCGACUCCGUAGGUCUGUCCCGGGGGCACUCGUUGAAGCAGCGGUCCAACCACGACCGGUUUGUCGCGACGACCGGAGAGUGUGAAGUGGCCAACGCCAACGGUGGUGCCACCACCACAACCACCACGUGCAACGGUUCCCAGGUGGCGCGGUUCGACGUGUACACCGAGCAGAAGCAACUCCGGUUGAACAUCUUUCCGCCCAAGGACGUCGUCGUCGUCGGCCGAAGUCGCAGUUCGUCGGAGAAUCUGUCCAAAAUCAGCAUCCAGCUGAACAGUUUUGCCCCGGUGGACCUCCACCACCUUCAUCACCACAACCGGCCCGAGCUGAUGACCGUGGACGAGUCCGUGCUGGACGAGAAUCUCAAUCAACCGGCCACCAAGACGACGGCCAAGGUGUUUGGGGAUGUGACGAACGUGGACGUUACCUGCCGCCAGCAGAGUGAGAUAAAAAUAUUUAUUAAGCAUAAAAAGUGCCGAAACCGGAACCGGCUGAAAUUCUGGCGCUAUUUCAGCCCCAAAUCACCCGCCACAACAACAACAACAACCUCAACAAGAUCUGGAGAGCGGCGACGGCGGCAUCAAAGCAAGCGACGCCACGCCCCAACGGCGGUCCACUUUUACAGUCCCGUUCUUCAGCAGCAGCCGCCGCAACAACAACCGGAAGUUGACCUGCAACGGCAGCCCCUCUGUCCAGGGUCAGCUGUGCAAACGAUAGCGGUCGACUUUGGGUCGCCGGAUUUGGUGGCGUCCUCCGCCGACGACGACGAUCUGGAAGCGUACAUGCAGGAAAUUAAGCAGCGGGAGCAGUGUCAGAUCGUUCCGUGAGGGAGGAGGAGGAAGGUUCGGAUUGUGAUUGUUAGAUUUUUAAAUGAUAUACUGUUUAGCUGUUUGUGAGGAAAGAGAAAGGUGUUUUAAGAAAUCUUGUAAAUACGGGUCCGUCGAGAAGUAAUGGAAGGUUCAAAUUUUGAGUGUAAGUUCAAUUAAAAUCUUCUUUAGAUAGUA